AUGGCCACUUUUGUCCUGCAAACGCUCGGAUGCAAUGUCGGGGCCAUCAAUACCGUCCAGUUCAGUAACCACACCGGCUACCGACAAGUCAAAGGACGGCGAACACCGGCAUCCGAGAUCCGCGAGCUCUACGACGGGCUCAAACAAUCGUACCUGACCGACUUCGACGUGUUAUUGUCUGGGUAUGCGCCGAGCGCCGAAGCUGUCGAAGUGAUAGGCCAGAUCGCCCGAGACCUCCGGUUCCGCGCGACGGUCAAGCCGGGCCGCUUCUUCUGGGUUUUGGAUCCGGUCAUGGGCGACCAAGGCCGGCUGUAUGUGGCGGAGGACAUCGUGCCGGCGUACAGGCAACUGAUUCGCGAGGCGGACCUCGUGGUCCCGAACCAGUUCGAGGCCGAGCUGCUCAGUGGGGUGAGCAUCUCGAGUUUGGCGGGCGUGGCGAAUGCCGUGCGGACGAUACAUAAGACGUACGGGACCAGUCAUGUCGUGGUGACCAGUGUGGGAGUCGACGUCGAUGUCGACACGGCGGGUGGCACCUCCACCUCGGCAGAUGCGAAGAGCAAAUCAAAAGGCCCAGAGACCUUGACGGUCGUGGGUAGCAGCAAGACGAAAGACGGGGCCGCCAGGCUGUUUAAGAUUCAAGUGCCGCAACUGGACUGCUAUUUCAGCGGCACGGGCGACAUGUUUGCCGGCCUGCUGGUGGCGAGGCUGCGCGAGGCCUGUGCGGCCAUGGACCUGCUAGACCGCGCCUCGUGGAUGCCGGACGACUAUGUCCAGGCCGUCGAUCUGCCGCUGGCCAAGGCCGUCGAGAAGGUCCUGAGCAGUAUGCAGAUGGUGCUGGAGAAGACUCUGGCCGCGAGGAACGACGAGCUGCGCUCUUUUGGCCAAGGGCCCGGCGCCAGUAUCGGCGGUGUCGAGGGCCAAGUCGCUGUCGCUGUCGGUGGCGGUGGUGACGACGAGAGCAAGAGAAGGUUUCUGGCCGAGACCAAGGCCGCCGAGGUCCGAGUCGUGCGGAACGCGAGGGAUUUGACACACCCAGAGCCCAGGUACAGGGCUCAGGCUGUGGAGGUGUGA